UUGCAGGUGCUGUUGGUGAGCAGCAGUCGGUACCCCGACCAGUGGAUUGUCCCAGGAGGAGGAAUGGAGCCCGAAGAGGAGCCUGGUGGCGCUGCCGUGAGGGAAGUUUAUGAGGAGGCUGGAGUCAAAGGAAAAUUAGGCAGACUCUUGGGGAUUUUUGAGAACCAAGACCGAAAGCACAGAACAUAUGUUUAUGUUCUUACAGUCACUGAAAUAUUAGAAGAUUGGGAAGAUUCUGUUAAUAUAGGCAGGAAGAGAGAGUGGUUCAAAGUAGAAGAUGCAAUCAAAGUUCUCCAGUGUCAUAAACCUGUACAUGCAGAAUAUCUGGAAAAACUGAAGCUGGGUUGUUCUCCAACCAAUGGAAAUACCACAGUCCCUUCGCUUCCAGAUAAUAACACCUUGUUUGUAACUGCUGCACAGACCUCUGGGUUGCCAUCUAGUAUAAGAUAGAGAGAAUUGGAAAGACCUUUCCCACCGUGUGCAGUCUCAUGGGGAGAGGCUUAGUUUCCUUGGUAAACAUCUGAAUGAGGCUUGCAAACUGUCUGAAUUUUCCAUGCAGGGUUUUCAAACAAUUUGCAUGUUUUUCAGAUGCUUUCAAAUCUUUUUUUUUUUUUAAAAGUGUAAAAUAUUUUAAUAAGCCAAAGCCAUGUGGAAUUUUUUUUAGAUGCCUUAACUGUUCCCCACCCCCAACCAUAUAUUCUUGGUUAUCAAUUUUUUGCAGCAUUUUUUCAGUUUUUUGUCCAUUUGACAUCAGUCUGGUUUCUUUUGUCAGAUCAGAUUACUUCUGGGUAAAUUUUCCCUCUAAAUUGUUUUCUCAUUAAUAGCAUUAAUGUAUUAUUCAAAUCCUUCUGUGGUAGGAAUUAGUGAACAAUAUUCUUGGUAUUAAAGAGAUCCAUCCAUCCUAAAACUUUUUAUAGGAUGACAAUUUUAACUUAUAAAUUGCAGAUUUGGGCUAUUUCUGUUUGGUCCAAUAACUGUUUUGACAAAGAAGUUAAUUUGCUAUUUUCGGGAAUUUGUCAACUCAUAUGUCUGAAUUUUCGCAACUCAUAUCACUAACUGUUUGAUAUGGAUAUUUCCCCUACACAAUAGUAGUUUAACAUGAAGUAUACCUCUAUAGAGUUGAUUUUUAGGGAAAUGUUGUUCACAAAAUGCAUGUAGUAAAUACAUCUUAUCAUGAAGACUAUAUUCAUGGAAUUUUAUUUAGCAUGCUCAGUUGCCAAUUCCCUUUAUCAAUAAUCUCUUUACACAGAAUAUCUUGGAACCAUAUUUUCCUCAAUGUGAAUUGCUUUUAAAACGUUUUCAGUUUUUUAAUUUAGUGACACCUCUUCAGUUAAACUCUCUUGUUUACCAGUAACCACAAAAUUGGAGUCUAACCUUAAAUGCCAGUCAGUGAUGACUGCAUCACCGUUGUAUAAAAUGGCCUUCUUGCUGUUCAGGCUUAAGAUUGUUAGGGUACCGUAGAAUGUCUCCUUUUCUAGGUUGUCCGUAGGUACUAUUUGUCACAUAACUAACUUUUGGGGUAGUAGGACAUACCUGAACGAAGAAUUAUUUUGUCUUAUACUUGUCUUUAUACUCACUUAAAAUCAAGAAUCCCAUCUAAAACACAUAGGUACCUUGUCUGAAACUCCUGUACCUCCCCAACCAGGUCAGAAAUGAGGUGGGAGGAAAAAUCUUUGACUAAAAUGUGGGGAAGGAGAGAGAGUGAAAGAUCAUUUUUAAAGUAGACUUUAGCCUUUUGUAAAUAUUAUAACUGGUGGGUAUAAAGUAGAAAAUAAGUAUAGUUAAAACAUUUGUUCUACAAGUUGUUAACCUUUAAAAAUGUAAUUGCUGCUAAAAAUAGAAUGCUGUUACACUUAAGGAAAAUUGGUGCCAUUUUGAAAAUGAGAUCUUGUGCCAUAAAUGCAGCUGAACUAAAUAUAAAUGUUAGUUCACAAAUUAAUUUUGUCAAAGGAAUGAGUAAAAGUAGAAAAACUUUUAACCAAUGACAUUUCAUUCUAAAUUAUAUAUUGUGAUCAAACAUGAUCGCCCAGAAUUUUUAUAUUUUUCUUUGUACAGAGGUUAUGUAUUCUGGGUAUUUUUUAAAAAGGAAGCAUUUUAAAUCCCACAAAUUGACACUUUAGUCUUCAGUGGACUAAGAUUUUUUUUCUCAGUAAUCUCUGAAGUUUCUUUAAAUUAUAUACUUAGCAAAGCAGAGGAACUGGAUUGUUUUUGUAUAUAAGACUGCUUCUACCUGAAAUGCUGUCACAAGUACUUGGGGAGGUUUAUCUUGUAUAUGAUAUUCUUAGAAGUAAUAAUGCAUGAACUUGUUUUAUAAACUCUUGGACUAUGUAUUUGACAUGUAAAAUAUGUACAGUAUUAAUGUCAACCAUCUCUUAAAGUUAGCCUAUAAAUAUUGUAUAAUUUUCUUUGGUCAGAAACAUUUGGACUAAGUAGUGCCACUUGGGUCAGGAUUUUCUUCAGUACCAUUUAGCAAACCAACUGUCUUUAGUCUGUGCAACUAGCAAAUGUUUGUGUAGUGUAACAGAAUACUUUACUGUUUUCACUUUAAAUUUCACAUGAAGCAUUCUUCACUAUUCUUCUGUAACCCACUCUAGCAAAACUAGAGGAAAAGCCCUAAGAAGAUUUAUUUCUAUUAAGAGAAAAAGCCAAUGUUUUCAGGCUAAGUAGUUGAAUCUACUAAAAAUAACAGUGUCUACUAUCUCAACCUUCCAAAGUCUGUGAGCCUUGGGACUGUUAUUUGUGCUUUUUUGUGGGUUAGCUUAAUAAAAUCGGGCAGCUAAAAUUUUCAGUUCCAUGUGCCUCCUAAAUAAAAAACAAAAUACUUAUUAUAAAUUGACUUACAAAAGUAGAAACUGUCCUGCAUGUUGUUUGGGGUUUUUUUGUUGUUUUUGUAAACAGAUGACAUUUCCAGCCAGCCACAUGUCAUCCAAUUUUCUGUCAAUCACACUCUUGUAUAAGGCAGCAGAACUGAAGGGAAGAAAUGAUUGUUGUACACACUGAAUUGCUUUGCAUGGUCUCAUUUGAAAUAACUGGUGUAAGAAUCUUGACCUUUUUUUUAUAUUUGGAAACAUCAAAUAAAAAUAGAAAUAAAUGA